GGGCCAUUUCGGUGGUGGAGCGUGCUCUGAAAAGAGAAAGGGUAGCCCAUGGUAGGCGCCACACCAUCGGAUGUGGGGAAGAUCCUGCCCACAAGGUUCGCAGGGGCGCGACCUGCUCCAUGAACGUCGACGCGCUCGCGAAAUGACGGCACGAAAUGCCUACAUGACUAGUUCAUACUUCUGGGGAUAUCAUCGUUUUCUCCAGAUAUAAAGACCCCAUUCCCCACGCUGUCAACCCCAGACCCACAGCUCGACGAUCGGUCCUGUUUCCACUGCCCUGGGUCAGCCAUCUUCAUCCCAGCGCCGUCAUUCACCAAAGAUCAGCCAACACAGCCCGUCGACAUGGCGAUCACUAUGGACAACAAGCCUUACAAUGUCGAGGUCAACGAACACGUUCCUGUCGACCCGACACCAGCCGAGACAAGUCAGCUUGGUCACCUCGCCAACCAGGAAGACCAUGAAGUCGGCAAACUUGCGUCGUUCCGCAAGUACCCUUGGGCUUGCUUUUGGAGCGUAUACGCAGUCUGGGUGGUCCUCCUUGUGAGCUUCGAGAAUCAAGCAGCUGGCAACGUAAUCGGCAUUCCCGAAUUCAGAAAAGAUUUCGGUCACCCAUUCACAGCUGCAGACGGUACUAUCAGCUAUGUCAUCGAUGCAAAUUGGCAGUCGGCCUUUCAGGGUGCGCCUGUGGCUUCCGCUAUUGUCGGUGCCCUCGGUUGCGGACAGAUUGCGGAUUGGCUCGGUCGCCGCAUGGUUGUUAUAAUCUGUCUCCUCGUGACGUUCGCCGCUAUCACGUUGGAAUUCCUUGCGACAACCCCCGAAAUGUUCUUCGGAGGCAAGUUCUUGAACGGAUUCGUCGUCGGUGCCCUGGCAUCCGUUACCGUUACCUACAUUGGCGAAGUUGCUCCCUUCGCGCUACGAGGCAUGCUCACCUGCUUGACUGCGCUGGCAUAUACCCUGGGCCCUCUCACAGUUGCUCUGAUCGUCAACACAACCGGCGUAUACACCAACCGCUGGGCAUACCGCUCAAUAUUCUGUGCGCAAUACGGAUUCGCUACGAUUGCUGCGAUCCUUGUACCUUUUAUGCCCGAAUCACCGACGUGGUUGGUUUCGAAGGAUCGCCAGGAAGCAGCAUUAAAAGCACUCUCUGGACUUGGCUAUAAGGGCCAGGCCGGCGAGAAGAGACUUGCGAACAUCAACAACACCUUGGAGCAGGUCAAAAAGGAGACUGAAGGUGUCACUUAUCUGGAAUGCUUCCGCAAGUCGAACUUGCGACGAACCAUCAUCUCGAUCAUGCCCCUUUCUAUCCAAGCUCUUUCUGGUGUCGCCUUUGCUGCGAGUUAUUUCUCUUACUACAUGCAGCUUGUUGGCUUCUCCACUGAGAUGUCCUUUAAGCUCCAGAUCGUCCAACAGGUUCUCUCGCUUGUUGGCAACGUCAUGUCCUGGUACCUGGUCGAUCGAAUUGGACGCCGCAACCUUACUUUCUGGGGACUGGUGGUGCUCACUGUUAUCCUGUUCGUCAUGGCUGGCUGUGCAGUUGCUGGAACAAUCUCUGCGCUGAAAGGAGCGAUCUCAAUGAUACUUCUGUACUGCUGGUGGUAUAAUGUGACCAUUGGUGCAACGGCGUAUACCAUUCUCUGCGAAACCAGUACCUCUCGUCUCCGUGUCAAGACGAUCGCCAUUGGUUUGGCGUUGCAGAACGCACUUCAGACGAUGUGGUCGUUUACGCUUCCCUACCUAUUCAACCCAGAUAAGCUGAACUUGGGCGGUCGUCUUGGAUUCAUUUUUGGAGGUUUGUCGUUCCUCUGCUUGAUAUACUUGUGGUUCUACCAGCCUGAGACUGCUGGACGCACAUAUGAAGAACUUGAUGAGAUGUUCAUGAAGAAAGUGCCUGCGAGGAAGUUCAAGGCAUAUCACACAGAUGCACAGGCGAUGGGGGUCGCUGUGAAAGAAAAGGAGAAUAUGUAAGCUCCUAGAAGCCGUGUUGGUCACCUAGUAUUUUCCGG